AUGAAUUUUAAAUAGGAUGCUUUUUAGGCCUUGGAUGCCAUCUUUACUCAUAUACAAAAAAGUUAAAAUGACAGAAUAAUAGAGGCAUUGGUUGGUGUGAAAGAAAAAAUAUAGACUAAAUUGGAUGAGCUAGAUAAAUAAGAGGAAGAUUUAAAAAUUAAAGAGGUCUUCCUACAAAAGAUAUAAAAGCUAUUGUAAUUUGCUGAAAACCCUGCUAACCUAAAAAAGGUUUGGCAGUAUUUCUCCUUCACUGUUUACUCAUAACAAGAUCAAUUUUUGGAACUCUUAAAAAACAUCCCUAUUUUAAUUCAUUAUCACUUAUAGCAAAAAGUAUUAACAAUAAGUAUGUUCAUGAAACAAAGUUGUGCUGAGUUAUUUUCCCACUCACUUAUCACAUUUUAAAUUAAGUUACAACAGGAUGAGACAAUAUAAUAAGAGAACAUCGAAAAAGAAGAUUAUGUUGGAUGCAUUACCUAUGUAUCGCCAGAAGUUUAAAAUGAAAGACUCUAUAAAAUAGUGAUGAAAUUACAAGGCUUUAUUAGUAAAAUCAAAAAAUUAGACGACUUGAUCCAAAACAGCAACUUGGAUUCUGAUCUCUUAAAAUUCAGUAUCUAAAAUAACGAGAAUAAAGAGAAGAAAAUUACGUUAUGGAGCUUGGAUGAUUAAGUAAGCUAUCAAAUCACAACAAAGUACUUUAUUUAAUUAUUCUUAGACCAACUCUAGAAGAAUAACCUAUAUUUGAGUAAAGAAUCUACCUGCAAACUGGUAUGGUUAUUCAACUGAAAUAAAAUUUUAAUCUGAUAGUCAAAGGCUGUGGAAACUAGGGCAAUAAAGAGAAAAAAGCAGUUAAUGAGCAUUUAACUCCUUAUUUAGUUGGAGAAUAGUAAGUUUAAAUUAAACCUAUACUAAUAAACGACAACUAAAGAUGGAUCUCUAUCAACAAUGGGUUUGAAGAUGUGAUUUAUUAUCCAGCUGAAACUCCAAUUAAAUUAUCUUUAAUCUAAACACUUCCAAGGGGAAUUGAAGUGUUAUUAUAAAAUGAUGGGGUUGGCAAUUAUAUAACUGUUGUUGGAAAUUGUUAGGGAUUUGCUCCAAGAAUCAAAUCCAAGAGGAGUGAGGGUUAACUCUUAUAAUUUAAUACUUAUCAAUAAAAUUUCAAUCUAGGAAUCAUUUACUAAGAAAAUAUUAAAUUAUAAUUGUAUUCUGAUUUAACUUCAUUUUGGAAUGGCAAAGAAAUAUUUGAAUUUUGA